AUGAGCCCGCAACCGGGCCAGCAUACUGGUCUUUUCAACAACCCGGACGACGCCAGCUGUGUCCUCCGCGUCAUCGACACCAGCCGCCGCCCCAUCGCUGUAGCGUUCAGCGCGCCUGGACCAACAGAUCAGUAUUACUGGAUUCACGAAUGGAUCGUCACCGCCGUAUCGGCGGUGCUUGAGGAGGCGUUCGAUUGGAGGACGAAUCAUACAAGACGUGAAUGUACAAACUGUGAUGACGGGAACGAGGGAUGUCAUGCCCGGCAUCACAGAGCCGACGGCAUCAGGGAGAACGAAAGGACAAGGCGGACGACGAAACGUCCGCACGGGGACUCGCGUACAUAUUUCCCAAUGCAAAAGGCUUUCAACGGCAUUCUAUACCAGUGGCACGGAAUUCGUCCUGCCGAAAAUGCCAAAGAUCAGCCUGUGAUUACCGAAUACCCCCACGACAUCAAAUGCGCUCGCGAGCGCCCCAGCACAAAGAGCAGGAAAGACGAGCCGUCGGCGGAACCACAGUCCGCCAGAGUUAUGUCCAUCGCGACCAUAACCUCACCAACGCCAACGCCAACAUCAACGCCAGCUCCUGCCAGCACGAGGGCGGCCCGCGAUUCUUUGUUUAGGGUCGCCACGCAUAACGCAUCAAACUCGAGAGCCGCGCGAAGGUCCUCGGUAGACACUCCAGAACCGGCACCGAUAACACCCUCAUGCGUCCCUCUUCUGACGAUCUGCCUGCCACAAACGUCUGCCUGUCCCGAAACGUUGUAUUGGAUGUAUUCUCGCGACGAUGAGCGGUUUCGCAAGGCGUUGUUGCGAAUAGAAGGGCAGUCGGCGACAUCCCGCGAUGGAAUUGGCACCGGGGAGUGCAGGAGUAUGAUGGAGAUGUUUUACUGGUUAGGAAUCGAGGAGGAUGUUGAUGGGAUUGACUCCAGUCGACAUCUGGAGAAUGCCGAUGUGAUACGUGCCCCGAAACCGGUCCCAUCGGCGUCGAAGCAGAUGGAGCAUUGGCCUGCAAGAUCCUCCCAGCAAAACAGCAUCCGUCGUUCGACACACUCGCAUACAAUUCUGUCGUCUGCCGGUUACGACAUGGCUUGCGCCAAAGAUACCGCAGGAAUGAUGAACCAGCAACAUUCUUCCGAUAAAGACGCGGGAGUCGCCAUUCUAGGUGGAACCAACGCCAACGCUAUUGCCAUCGCACCCAACGCUGCUCUCGAGGUCCAUGAGGACACGGUAUCCUCCACCCGCACCAUAUCACACACAGAGGGAAUAUUCGCUCACUGGUAA